GUACCAUGGCAUCCAUCGCAGACCUUCAACUUCAAGGAUCCGUUCUGACGCCCUCUGACGAAGGGUAUGAGGCGUCUCUUCAUCGGGUUUCCGACCUCACGGUCCGACGCGCGGCAUACGUUGCAUUCCCCACAUCUUUUGACGACGUCCCGAAGCUGAUCAACUUUGCACGCACAAACUUGCUCGAUAUCGCGAUCAAGGGCGGUGGACACACGACGAAUGAUUCGGGCGCGUCGUCAUCCGAGGGCGGGCUCGUGAUCGAUAUGGCUAAGUUGAACAAGGUGACGGUGCAGGAGAACGGCACGGCCAUAGUGCAGGGCGGAGCGAAUUGGGGAGAGGUGUACGAAAAGGCGGCAAAACACAAGGUGGAUGUGGUAGGAGGUGAUGUGUGUAGCGUUGGUGUAGGCGGUUUCUUGUCGGGCGGAGGGUAUUCAAAUUUGAGCGGACAGCACGGACUGGGCAGCGACAAUAUCCUCCAGGCUACUGUAGCCCUCGCUGACGGACGGAUAGUGACAGCGAGCCCUACAGAAGAGCCUGAGCUCUUUUGGGCGAUUCAAGGUGGUCAGAGUCAGUUUGGCGUGUUAUUGCAAUUCACCCUGCGCACGUACCCAACACAGGGACCUGCCUUCGCUGGUCCCCUCGUCUUCCCAGGAACCGCCUUUGAGGCGUUCGUCCCAGUCCUUGAGGAGUAUAUCUCGAAGAUGGAGCCUCAGGAUCAUCUGAUCGUUGAGUUUAGCCGCGCGCCUCCUCACUUCUAUCCCGGUCUUGUUGUUCUUCCGUAUCUGCCCGGGCCUCCUUCUCGUGCUGAAGCUGCUCUCAAAUCAUUUCGCUCCCUCAACCCUAUCAUCGACUUUGUUCACCCUGUUCCAACUCAGUACGAAGCGUCUCAUGGAGGCGAUGAGAUUCUGGCGCGCGCUCCGAAGCGUCAGUAUCUCGGUGGAUCGCAGCUGAACGAUACUGCUGUGGGACUUGACAAGGAGCUGUUUGCACAGAUGUGGGGUGCGUUUGUGAAGUUCACGGAAGAUCAUCCCGAUGGAAAGGGAAACCUCUUAAUGUGGCAGUGGCAGCCAGUCGGGGUUGUCAAGAACAGACACCCUGACGAGACGGCUUUUUCGAAGCGCAGCAGCGUCAGCUAUGUCCUAGUCCAUGGACGGCAUCAUGUUCCAGAAUUCGAUCAGACGAAUAUUGCGUGGGUGCGCGAGACGAUUGGUGUAAUCCGCGACAAACAUCCCAAAGGAGGCGCCAUCCCGAACUUCGCUUGUGGUGAUGAGUCACCUGAGGUCAUGUAUGGUGAUAAUGCGAAGAAACUGAAGAGUAUCAAAGCAAAAUAUGACCCUGAAGGUUUCUGGAAGAAGGGGAUAAAGAUUUGAACAAUAGAGGACUACAGUUGUAUACUUGUAACAUGUGCGAUCAGUCGACGAGCGUCAUAAAUGUUAAGAACGAAACAGUCACCUGAG